UGUAGCUUAAGCCUUGUAAUUGAAUCUAAUAACCUUGCUUCUAAGGUUGCGACAGUACCUCAAACAAAAAAACAGCUUCUAAAUAAAAACGUGUGCAAACGUAUAUCUCAGCGAUUUAGAGUUUCUUACAUACCGUUUCCCCUUCAGCACUUCUGCCAUCAAAUCUAAAUACAUCUUCAUCUCGACAAUAUGGCAGACAGAUUCCCAUCCUUAGACGACUUUGAUUCCGGUGCCCAAACCGAGAUUCAAGAUGUUGGUGAACCGUCGGCCGACGAUUUCCUCGCUCGUGAGCGUGCCCUUCUAGGUGACGACGCGACACAAUUCACAACCGGCAAUGAAUCCGCCGCUCUAGCGGAUCCCUCAUCUGAUGACCUUUUGGGUGGAGGCGGCGAGACCGCUCAGUUUGAAAACGCAUUCCCGGAUAUCAACACUUCUAACGAGCAAGUCGCGCCAGGAGGCACCAUUACCGGCCCGUCCGUCAGCUACAACUCAGGCUACGGUGCUUUUGUUGCAGAAGAGGAGGAACCUGAAGUUAUCAAGCAAUGGCGCGAGAAACGGGAUGCCUCCAAUGCCAAACGAGCCGAGCAGCUUGCUACCCAGAAGGCUGAGACGAUCAAAGAUGCGCAACAAAACAUCGACGACUUCUACGAGAACUACAACACUAAGAAGGAGAAGACGAUUGCGCAGACUCGCAAGGAUGCAGAGCAAUUCUUAGCAAGCCGAGACGACACCACCUCCGGCGGCACCAGCUGGGAGCGCAUUUCUAAGUUGGUUGACGUGAGCGGCAAGGGUCAGAAGGGCGGUGCUAAUGGUUCGGGCAAGGAACGAUUCCGCGAGUUGUUGAUGAGUUUGCGCAAAGAUGAGAAGGCUCCUGGAGCUGAAGGAUACUAAACCUAUUCUCGUCAACUACCGACCUCUCACCUACUAGGUAGUGCACAUUGGCGGCCCAGGGAUCUGAUUAAUGGAGAUGUCUAGCUGGUCGGUUCCUAUCGACGGCAGCUGACAGCGAACCAUUGCUCAUGUUGGCUGUACUUAGAUAAUACUUUCACACUCAGGUAAAUAAGCAGGUAUUGCAGGGCCCUUUCUGUGCCUAGGGGCGUAAUUGGACUGAUUUUCAACG